AUGGAUAUCUCUACACAACGUUUAACUUUGCAAGAUACUACAGGUCAAACUACCACCACUUCACUCAUUCAAUCGAACAAUACAUCAUGUUGUACAGUCCGACUACUCGAUCAAAUUACUAUUCCACAAUACUCCGAAUCUGUUAUCAAAGCCGCAGUACAUCUUCCAGAUAGUUCAAAUUUGUUGUUUGAACCGUCUUCAAGUUUUAGUCAAAAAGCAGUAGUACUUCCAACAGCUUUAAUUAAAGUGACUAAUUCUCAAACACACUUAACUAUUAUCAAUACCACCAAUCAUCCAUAUAUUUUACCUUCAAAUACGUAUCUCGGUACUGUUUCUUCAUCAUUACUAAUAUGUGCAACAACAUCACCAUAUCAAUCUCAGUCAACACAAUUUCGAUCACCAAAAAGACGUCAUUAUUCUCUGAAUUCAUCACAUAAAUGCUACGUCUGUCAUCAGAAAUUUUUAUCACAAAACAAUCUUUUUCAUCAUCUUCGUGUACAAUGCUAUCCGCAAGAAUUACGACAUCAAAUUGAAACAUUAACACAACACAUCGACUCCGCCUCGCAUCGCAAAAAAAUCCAAGAUGUCCUUUGGAAAUACGGUAAACUGUUCGAUCUACGUCAACCAUCAAAAAUCAAUAUCACUCUCGAUCAUGUGAUCGAUACCGGUCAACAUCGACCAAUCUACACUCCACCUUAUCGACGUUCACCUCAAGAUCAUCAAACUAUUACCGAAGAAACAGACAAACUGUUAAAACAAGAUAGUAUCGAACCAUCACCAUCACCUUGGUGCUCACCUGUCGUAUUAGUGCGCAAGAAAGAUGGUACUACACGAUUUUGCGUUGAUUAUCGAAAACUAAAUGAUAUUACUGUCAAAGAUUCAUUCCCGUUACCUCGCAUCGAAGAUAUUUUCGAUCAACUGUCUCAAUCAACAUAUUUCACCACACUAGACUUUAAAAACGGCUAUUUUCAAAUUCCAUUAGCAAUUAAUGAUCGUCCUAAAACGGCAUUUUCCACUCGCGAUAAUCAUUAUCAAUUUAAAGUCCUCCCUCAAGAAUCUGAUCAUAAACCAUUAGAAGCACUCAUGCGUAAAUCUCAAACGAACGACAAAUGUGAACGAUGGCGUUUACGGCUACAAUCAUACAACUUCACAAUAAAACACAUCAAGGGUAAAUCAAACACCAUGCCGGAUUAUCUAUCUCGAUCACCAGUGCAUCACGCCGAAGAUGACAUUGACGAUAACGUUAUGCCAACUUCUGCCUCUAUCAGUACUCAAACUGAUACAAGUGACCACGACACUUUUUCAACAUCAUCAAUUGUCGGUAUGGUCACUACUCGUUCUCGUUCUCGUCAAUUACCACAAUCCAAUAAUCAUAUUACCACUCCACCAAACACCAAUCGCUCUGACGUUCAAAAUCAUCAAUCAACAUCAUCAACUUCUAAAACUACUACUGAUAGUGCACGUAUUGGAUAUACUGGUGCUAUUGAUCAAUUGAAACAAGCACAACAGAAGGACCCUGAUCUACAAUACAUAGCGAAUCAUCCUAAUGAUAAUAAGUAUAUUAACUCUUAUCUUUUACAGAAUGGUCUCUUAAUGCAUUAUGAACAACACUCAAAACCUGUUCCAUGUGUUCCGAAAGGAGAAAUUCGAAAUGAUAUUAUGAAAAUCUAUCAUGAUACUCAAGCUAACGGCGCACACUUCGGUCGUGACAAAACUAUAACGAAAAUCAAAGCUCGAUACUAUUGGAAUACCAUGAACAGCGAUAUAA